AUGCAGCUUAUUCCGAAGGAGCUUGACAAGCUUACCAUCGCCCACCUAGGCUUCUUGGCACAGCGUCGUUUAGCACGUGGAGUGCGGCUCAACCAUGCAGAAGCUGUGGCCCUGAUAGCCUCAGUGCUACACGAGUUAAUCCGCGAUGGCCACUACUCCGUCGCCGAUCUAAUGUCCAUCGGCAAAACAAUGCUUGGCCGCCGGCACGUCCUCCCGUCCGUAUUGGCAACCCUCGUAGAGCUCCAAGUCGAGGGAACCUUCACCUCCGGUACCUACUUGGUAACCGUGCACCACCCGAUCAGUAGCGACGAGGGCGAUCUCGAGCGCGCCCUUUAUGGCAGUUUCCUGCCCGUCCCCGCGCCCGAGGCAUUCCCAGACCCGGACCCGGAGGAUUUCACGCCUGAGAAGAUGCCUGGCGCGGUUAUUCCUGCUAGAAACACGCGCGUGGAGUUGAGUUCUGGGAAGAGGCGCAUUAAGCUUAAGGUUAUGAGUAAAGGAGAUCGACCGAUUCAGGUGUGUACAUUGUAUUCAAUAUACGAGGCAGAAAGGGAAAAAGGAAAGCGACCUGAAGUAAGUGAUGCUAAUUGCAGUGUUAACUGCCAGGUCGGAUCGCAUUACCAUUUCAUUGAGACGAACCCGCAGCUGCACUUCGAUCGCUUGCAGUCGUACGGUUUCCGACUGGAUAUCCCCGCAGGCACGUCGAUUAGAUUCGAGCCCGGCGACACGAAAACGGUCACGCUUGUCGAGAUCGGUGGACACCGCGUCAUCCGCGGUGGAAAUUGGCUGGCGAAUGGGCCUUUGGAUAUGAGUCGCGCCGACGAGAUUACGACUAAGCUGCAGAUAGCUGGUUUUGCGCAUGUGCCGGAGCCGCAGGCGGAUAGUGCGCUUGUUGCUGGGUUCUCGAUGGAGCGCGAGGCGUACUCGCGCAUGUUUGGUCGAGAAGGACUUGACGAAUUACGGGGAUGA